GGUCACGUAGGCUACUGAAUAGGAAGAAUCAGUCUUGAAUUUGCCGUCAAUUAGACCCUUUUAGUUUUAGGCCUAGAUCACUAGGUAAUACCGAAUAUCAUUAUCUUAAUAUUUGUAUUCCUUUCUCUGUGCCAAGGGCAAACGUGGUUGCUCUGACAUUACAAAUUUUCUCUUCAGACCCAGAUUUAAUGAUAAAUCAAACCCAACUGCUACGAUAGUCACAACAUAUUUUACUAGCUGAUCACGAUCGAGAAAGCGGUGUUUGUUCGCCACAAUAUAGCAUAUAUUUGCCAAUGACAGAAGGAGCAAUAACCUAGCCAGUUGUAUUUUUGCUAUAUAGGCAGAUGAAAAGAAAUAUGGCAAUGGUUGAGAGUUCAGACACUCUGGACCGUGGUACUCCCUGCUACCACCAGGUGGAUGUGAUAGUCUGUGCAAGGAGGCGAGGCCUUCCAAGACCCUACAAUAGAAAGUGUUUUGCCCGUCAUGAUGACGGGGGAGGAGGAUAUGGUGGCGUCUCCUCUCUUCGUAUCGCCACCAUUUUUACCUGUCGGAAACUCAAGAUAUUGCAGAGAUAUACAGUUUGCGUGGUUUUAUAAGAAAACUCCCGUCUAAUCUUGGUCAAAUUAGCGAUCAGCAAGCAUAGCACAGACAACCGAACCAAAAUCAUUCAAAAUGACCCGAGGGAAUACCAGGCAAUCUAAGGUUUUCUACAAAGGACUGACUGAAGAUUUCGUCAUCAUGGUUGAGGAUGUCACUGCCGUGCAGAACUGGAGAAGAGACCACUCCGUUCCUCUUGCGCAGGUGCUGGACGGAUGGAAGAUAUUUACUUCUCGUCAACAUGGGCCUCAAGGGAUUCAUAAUGAAGCUAGCAGAGCUACGCUUGAACGCGAGUUCGGGACGUCAAAUUACAAUGACGUUAUCUCAAGGAUAUUAAACGAAGGAGAAAUCCAGGAGAAUAUUAACACUGAAAGACAGGGCAUAAGAAAUGAAUCACAAGGGCCCCGGGGGAUCCACUGAGAGUUUAAAGGGAAGAUAUCUGAGUAGUAAUUUACAUAAGUGUUAUGUUGCCAAGGCAGAAAAUUCUUGAAAAGUUGGAUAUGUGGUUGGCUUAUUGUUCCGUCUUUUUAUUUGCCGCUUAACAUCUAAAGAGUUCCAUUCGUUGUAUUUUCAAUGCAUAGGCGUCGAAUUCUUUGUGAGUUAUCACAUUGCAGGAAUUCUCCAUGAUAUACCUCCUUCAUACAGGUGUAGUGUGCCAUAUACCCUUUAGUUCUAUAUUCACAACUAUGAAAAGAAUGGUAAAACUCACUUCAAACAUAUACGUUUCAUACUGUGUUUCCUUGUUAAAAGCCUCCGAGACGAGGUUACAUGAGGUUCUUAUACUUCCCAGAAGUAAAACCUCGAACAUCAUCAGAUCAUGGAAAACUAUCAUCGACCUUUUGCUUUAUACUCUUAAUUCAUCCAUGCAGUACGGCGCUGGCUCAUAGGAUACGCUGCUUGUCAGGAGUUCUUUCAGAUCUUCAACAACAUUCGAACAAAAACUGUUCCCCUGUCUGAACAGACAAGUACACCAACCAUGGUACAAUUGUAGGUAUUGAAUGAGC